GCCGGGAUGCGGCCUUCAUGGAGCGCUUGCGUACCCUGGCCAGGGAGGCCCUGGCUUGGCGGUUUCUGGAGGAUCGGCAGACCAUCGGGGAUGAAGCUUGGCCAAUGACUGAAGUGGUAUCGCCAGUUUCGAUCUUCGAUCUGCCUUCAUCAAUCUUCACGUGCCGCUCGCACACAGGAUCUACCGCCAUGGUUCCUGGAACGGCGGAACCUCACCCGAAGAAGACUAGGCAGGCAGUCAACUACACCGUGGUGACGAACAGAGGAUGCAAGCUGGGGGCAAGCACAAAAAGAUGGCUCCGACAGUAUCGGGCCCAACGCAAGGCAUUUAGCAAGUCGCCUCUUGAAACAGUUGCCUCGGUAGAUCUUGCCACGGAGUCCCCGGCUGACCCACCACUGCGCCAUUGCCAGAUGGACUGCCUGGAAGCAUGUGCCAAGGGAGCUCGCACCCUCGAGCUAGCCUGUGGAACCGGAAAGACGCGGAUCAUCCAAGAGCUUGCUCGGAGUGUGCUUGGCAGAGUGCUGGUGACCGUGCCUUCACGAGUCUUGCUGGAGCAGUUUGCAACGGCUUUCCCCACAUUCUGCAAAGUGGGCAUGGGGUACAACAAGAACAUCAACUUCAGCUCACGGGGAUUUGUCUCGGUUGCAGACUCCGUGCACCGGCUGCAGAACAUCAGUUUCAGCAACAUUUUCAUAGACGAAGCACACCACCCCAUCCCGCUGGGGAUGCCCUGUGGACGUGAAACAUACAAAUUCUCUGCCACGCACGACGAGACGGCAGACUUUCAGUACACAAUGAGUCAGGCGAUCGAAGACGGGGUGCUGUGCGACUACGACCUCACAGUGCCAGUGACGAGCAAAGGCGACCCCUUCCUCUGCUUGGCACAGUUGCUUGGGUCUCAAGCCGGGCGCUUCAGGCGAGUGCUCGCUUAUUGCAACUCUGUGCGAGAAGCACAGCGCUUCCAGCAGUUGUUGAAGUCUUUGGGUAUGGCGGCAUGGCACAUGAAUGCAAACACGCCGCUGCGCGUUCGUCAGGACAUUCUGGCCGCGUUCACAGGUCCCUUGCAGAAGCCUGUUCAUAUUCUCGUGACUGUGCAGGUGCUAGGGGAGGGCGUGAACAUCCCAAAUGCGGACACGUGCAUGUUCGUCGAGCCGCGACGAAGCUAUACCAGCAUCAUUCAGGCCAUUGGGCGAGUGCUGCGCCACAGCCUGACCAAGCCGUUGGCUCACAUCGUGUUGCCUUCCGUGGCAGUCAUGAUUGAUCAUACUUCCAGUAGUCCCCAAUCAGUGAUUUCGCAGCAACCCGCGCACGAGAAUCGGAACCUGAAUAAGAGAAACGAAUCGCUGCAGUCUUCAGCCGGACAUGCCAGGACGUCCCGAGUGCCUGAGCAGCAGAGUAGGCAGCAACACCAGAAAGAUGAACAGGAUUGGUUGCAUUCUCGACCAGCUGGAAGGGCUGGUUGCAUUGCUGCUGUUCGUGACCUCACGCACACUGCAGAUUGUGGCCCAUCCUGUGCCAGAGACUUCGGUGGCUCGAGCGACAAGGGUGGUCAGAGCACGCCACAAGUGCUGGAAUCACAACAAGCCAGCUGUCCCAGCGAACGCCAGGGUCAAGGCCCAGCACCACUGAGGAAGCCGGGGACUGCACCGCUAAAGACCGAGAUGAUGGCUGGCCGUGCCCAAGCCGAUCCUUCGAAACGCAUCCAGAAGAGGGUUCGACCGGCGAUGCGAAUGAUGUCAGAUGAGCGCUACGACACACAGCUGGAACGUUUCAUGGUAGUGCUAGGAGAGGCUGAUAGCCGGCUUCUUGCACAGCCGUUGGGAGCACGAUUGUGGAUUGCUGAUGCCAGAACCAUCAAAGGAGAAACCAACCUGGCUUCUAUUGCAAAAGACGUGCUGCCCGACCUUGAAGUCUGCCUGCGUCAGGCGGAUCAUUGGCAACUUCGCCUUGAAGCUGUCGAAGAUUUUGUUGCUGAGAACGGCAGGCUUCCCGUGCAAAGCAGCAAAAAGUUGCAGGAGAAGGCGCUAGGUCUUUGGUUGUGUAACGUUGGGUAUCGAGUCCGGCAACAACACGUGGACCCCGGCCGAGUUCAAAAGUUGCUGAACUGCACCUCGGAUCUACUGCGCACGCGUGUUCGAGAGUGGCUUGGGCAGGAUGUCACCUUCCUGAAGCGAUGCAAAAUGCUUAAGGAUUUCGUUCAGAAGCACGACCGUUUGCCGAAUUCGACUGCAAGGUCAACGAGCCAUGCGGACCUGGAGCGCCGCCUUCAAAAUUUCCUGGCAGGAAUCAAGCUAGGCUCGACGCAUAUAACCCCAUCCAGACUCAAAACCUUGAAAGAGUUGCAUCCUUUGGUUACAAGCAGGAUUGAAUCAUGGGAAGGCAGCGCCGACGGGAUUGGUGUGAGGAGCAAUUAUUGGCACGAGCGUCGGAUACAGUUGAUGCGAUUCGUCGAGCAAGCCCAAAGAAUGCCGCGUGUCAGCGUCCUGAAGGAGAGACCGCUCAACGACUGGAUCGGGACACAAAGGAGAAGAUUCCUGCUGCUGCCAGAAGUGCUACAGAAGCAGCUAUUGAAUAAUUCUGUUGUUGCCUCUUACAUUGCACAGUAUCUGACUACCCCAGUAUUUCGCACGGACGCUGCGUAA